AUGAGCGAGGACAGCCGCGGGGACGGGCGCGCCGAGAGCGCCAAGGACCUGGAGAAGCAGCUUCGCCUGCGUGUGUGCGUGCUCAGCGAGCUCCAGAAGACCGAGCGGGACUAUGUGGGCACGCUGGAGUUCCUGGUGUCGGCAUUCUUGCACCGAAUGAACCAGUGUGCAGCAUCAAAAGUUGACAAAAAUGUAACAGAGGAAACAGUGAAGGUGUUGUUCUCAAACAUUGAAGAUAUCCUUGCAGUACAUAAAGAAUUCUUAAAAGUUGUGGAAGAAUGCUUACAUCCUGAACCUAAUGCUCAACACGAAGUGGGAACCUGCUUUCUUCACUUUAAAGACAAGUUUCGUAUCUAUGAUGAAUAUUGUAGUAAUCAUGAGAAGGCACAAAAAUUGCUUCUUGAACUAAACAAAAUAAGAACAAUCCGGACGUUUCUUUUGAACUGCAUGCUGCUUGGAGGACGGAAGAACACAGAUGUCCCCUUGGAAGGCUAUUUAGUAACACCGAUACAAAGAAUAUGCAAGUACCCUCUCAUCUUGAAGGAAUUGUUGAAGCGGACUCCACGGAAACACAGUGACUAUGCAGCAGUGAUGGAAGCUCUCCAAGCCAUGAAAGCCGUCUGUUCCAACAUCAACGAGGCCAAGAGACAGAUGGAGAAAUUAGAAGUUUUGGAAGAAUGGCAGUCCCACAUUGAAGGCUGGGAGGGGUCCAGCAUUACUGACACCUGCACUGAAAUGCUGAUGUGUGGCAUCUUACUGAAAAUUUCUUCUGGAAAUAUUCAAGAACGAGUGUUUUUUCUUUUUGAUAAUCUUCUGGUGUACUGCAAAAGGAAACACAGACGGUUGAAGAAUAGCAAGGCGUCCACAGAUGGGCAUCGGUACCUUUUUCGUGGCCGGAUCAAUACAGAGGUGAUGGAAGUGGAGAAUGUGGACGAUGGCACAGCUGAUUUCCAUAGCAGUGGACACAUUGUUGUUAAUGGAUGGAAGAUACACAACACAGCAAAGAAUAAAUGGUUUGUGUGUAUGGCAAAAACACCGGAAGAGAAGCAUGAAUGGUUUGAAGCUAUUUUGAAAGAAAGAGAACGGCGAAAAGGUUUAAAAUUAGGAAUGGAGCAAGACACUUGGGUAAUGAUCUCUGAACAGGGUGAGAAACUUUACAAAAUGAUGUGCAAACAAGGAAAUCUGAUCAAAGACAGAAAAAGAAAACUGACUACGUUCCCUAAAUGCUUUCUUGGAAGUGAAUUUGUGGCAUGGCUGUUGGAAAUUGGAGAGAUUCACAGGCCUGAGGAAGGUGUUCACUUGGGACAAGCAUUAUUAGAAAAUGGAAUUAUCCAUCAUGUUACUGACAAACACCAAUUCAAACCAGAACAGAUGUUGUAUCGAUUUCGCUAUGAUGAUGGAACAUUUUAUCCAAGAAAUGAAAUGCAGGAUGUAAUUUCAAAGGGUGUAAGAUUAUAUUGCCGUCUUCAUAGUCUGUUUACUCCAGUGAUAAGAGAUAAAGAUUACCAUUUAAGAACCUACAAAUCUGUGGUCAUGGCCAACAAACUGAUAGACUGGUUAAUUGCACAGGGGGAUUGCCGCACCAGAGAAGAGGCAAUGAUACUUGGUGUUGGACUCUGUGACAAUGGAUUUAUGCACCAUGUCCUUGAAAAGAGUGAAUUCAAAGAUGAACCCCUACUUUUUCGUUUUUUUGCGGAUGAGGAAAUGGAAGGGUCAAAUAUGAAACAUCGACUUAUGAAACACGAUUUAAAAGUUGUGGAAAAUGUUAUAGCUAAAUCGUUAUUGAUUAAAUCUAACGAAGGCAGCUAUGGAUUCGGGCUAGAAGACAAAAAUAAAGUUCCAAUAAUAAAGUUGGUAGAAAAGGGGUCUAAUGCAGAGAUGGCUGGCAUGGAAGUUGGGAAAAAGAUUUUUGCUAUUAAUGGUGACCUGGUUUUUAUGAGACCUUUCAAUGAAGUGGAUUGCUUGCUGAAAUCAUGCUUAAAUAGCAGAAAGCCUCUAAGAGUUCUUGUGAGCACGAAGCCAAGGGAGACAGUGAAAAUCCCAGAUUCAGUGGAUGGUCUUGGAUUCCAGAUACGAGGAUUUGGCCCAUCUGUUGUGCAUGCAGUUGGAAGAGGAACUGUGGCUGCAGCAGCUGGCCUUCAUCCUGGACAGUGUAUUAUCAAAGUAAAUGGAAUCAAUGUCAGCAAAGAGACACAUGCCAGUGUCAUUGCACACGUUACCGCCUGCAGGAAAUACAGGCGACCGACGAAGCAAGAUUCCAUACAAUGGGUUUAUAAUAGCGUUGAGAGCGCUCAAGAGGAUCUUCAAAAAUCUAACUCCAAACCCCCUGGAGAUGAAGCAGGGGAUUCUUUUGACUGCAAAGUAGAAGAGGUAAUUGACAAGUUCAACACCAUGGCCAUCAUUGAUGGGAAAAAGGAGCAUGUGAGCCUGACGGUGGAUAAUGUCCACCUGGAGUACGGUGUGGUGUACGAGUAUGACAGCACAGCCGGGAUAAAGUGCAAUGUGGUGGAGAAGAUGAUCGAGCCCAAAGGCUUCUUCAGCCUGACUGCCAAGAUUCUUGAAGCCCUGGCUAAAAGUGAUGAUCAUUUUGUACAAAACUGUGCCAGCCUUAAUUCUCUAAAUGAAGUGAUCCCUACUGAUCUUCAGAGUAAAUUCAGUGCUGUUUGCAGUGAAAGAAUUGAGCACAUAUGUCAGAGAAUAUCCAGUUAUAAAAAGUUUUCUCGUGUACUGAAGAAUAGAGCCUGGCCCACUUUUAAACAGGCCAAAUCUAAAAUCUCCCCUCUACACAGCAGUGAUUUCUGCCCUACCAAUUGCCAUGUCAAUGUGAUGGAAGUUUCUUAUCCCAAAACAUCAACCUCCCUGGGGAGUGCAUUUGGUGUUCAGUUGGAUAGUAGGAAGCAUAAUUCUCAUGACAAAGAAAAUAAAUCUUCUGAGCAAGGGAAACUGAGUCCUAUGGUGUACAUUCAGCAUACAAUUACAACCAUGGCGGCCCCUUCAGGUCUGUCACUGGGACAGCAAGAUGGUCAUGGGCUCAGAUAUUUGUUAAAAGAAGAAGAUUUAGAAACCCAAGAUAUCUAUCAGAAACUGUUGGGGAAACUCCAGACUGCACUGAAAGAGGUGGAGAUGUGUGUUUGUCAAAUCGAUGACCUUCUGUCUUUGAUAACAUAUUCUCCUAAAUUGGAACGUAAGACAUCAGAAUGCAUAAUACCAACAGACAGUGACAAUGAGAGGGGAGAAAGAAACAGCAAACGAGUCUGUUUUAAUGUAGCAGGAGAUGAGCAGGAAGAUUCAGGUCAUGACACCAUCAGCAACAGAGACUCUUACAGUGACUGCAACAGCAACAGGAACUCUAUUGCUUCCUUCACCAGCAUUUGCAGCAGCCAGUGCAGCUCCUAUUUUCACAGUGAUGAAAUGGACUCAGGUGAUGAAUUUCCCCUAAGUGUUCGAAUUUCUCAUGAUAAACAGGACAAGAUACAUAGUUGCCUUGAACAUCUUUUCAGCCAGGUGGACUCGAUUACCAAUCUUCUAAAAGGGCAAGCUGUUGUGAGGGCCUUUGAUCAAACCAGGUAUCUCACUCCAGGUCGAGGAUUACAAGAAUUUCAACAGGAAAUGGAACCAAAGCUGAGUUGUCCGAAAAGGUUAAGACUUCACAUCAAGCAAGAUCCUUGGAAUCUUCCAAGCAGUGUCCGGACUCUUGCUCAGAACAUCAGAAAAUUUGUUGAAGAGGUAAAGUGCAGGAUACUCCUGGCUCUUCUUGAAUAUUCAGACAGUGAGACACAGCUCCGGAGAGACAUGGUUUUCUGCCAAAGUCUCGUGGCCACAGUCUGUGCCUUCUCCGAGCAGCUCAUGGCAGCGUUAAACCAGAUGUUUGACAACAGCAAAGAAAAUGAGAUGGAAACUUGGGAAGCCAGCAGGAGGUGGCUGGAACAGAUAGCCAAUGCAGGUGUUCUUUUUCACUUUCAGUCACUUCUGUCACCAAACUUGACAGAUGAACAAGCCAUGCUAGAAGAUACACUGGUUGCACUAUUUGAUUUGGAAAAGGUUUCCUUUUACUUCAAACCAUCAGAAGAGGAACCACUGGUUGCAAAUGUUCCUCUUACAUAUCAAGCAGAAGGAAGCCGGCAGGCUCUGAAAGUUUACUUCUACAUUGAUAGUUAUCAUUUUGAACAAUUGCCUCAACGGUUGAAAAAUGGAGGAGGGUUUAAAAUUCAUCCCGUUCUUUUUGCACAAGCACUGGAGAGCAUGGAGGGAUAUUAUUAUAGAGACAACGUUUCAGUAGAAGAAUUUCAAGCCCAAAUAAAUGCAGCCUCAUUGGAAAAAGUCAAACAGUACAACCAGAAGCUCAGGGCAUUCUACUUGGACAAGUCAAAUUCACCACCAGACUCCACAUCCAAAGCUGCCUAUAUAGAUAAGCUAAUGAGGCCUCUCAAUGCUUUGGAUGAACUUUAUCGACUGGUCGCCUCGUUUGUCAGAUCCAAACGCACAGCUGCCUGUGCGAACACCGCUUGCGGAGCCUCUGGAGUUGGGCUGCUGUCAGUGUCCUCCGAGCUGUGUGACAGACUGGGAGCCUGCCACAUCAUCAUGUGCAGCAGUGGCGUGCAUCGGUGCACGCUGAGCGUGACGCUGGAGCAGGCCAUCAUCCUGGCCCGGAGCCACGGCCUGCCUCCUCGCUACAUUAUGCAGGCUACAGAUGUGAUGCGGAAGCAAGGAGCAAGAGUUCAGAACACAGCAAAGAAUUUGGGAGUCAGAGACCGGACCCCACAGUCUGCUCCAAGGCUGUAUAAGCUGUGCGAGCCGCCUCCCCCAGCUGGAGAAGAAUGA